UCCUGUGAAGCGGUCAGGUCCGUCGAGCGAAUGAUAGAGUGUCACUCUUGUGAAUACUGAACGUGCCCGUGUGCCUCGACAUCUCGACAGCACCCCGCAAUCUUCAGUCACGCCCACUUCACAGCGGUGGUAUCCCGCCCGUUUUGGCCUCGCGUAAUCGCGCAUUCACGCCGACUUUCAAUACUAUUGUAUGAUUAGCGUCUCUUGGGGUAUCCAUAAGAGGCGGAUGCCGCGAGUGCAGUCAUGGCUCUCGCUCAAGAAGUCUACCAGGAUUGCAAAUAUCUUCUUCCUCAAUCUCUUCCUCAGCUUCAACCCCGCGUAGUCUACGUCCCGGAACUUACCUCAGCGGAUCAAUUCAGCGACUUCCCCGAUUGUACUGGAAUGCCGGAAUCAAUGAUGGUAAGUGACGCUUGUGUUGUCGCGGCAUCGAAAUUGACAACUGUGAAGGCAAGUCACUAUGUGCAGACCCAGCCAUACGCACUGCAGAGGGUCGAGCAGGAGGACACUAAGCCGACAGGCGCAGCAGCUGCCACACCGAGCUCCAACAUCCUUGCGUACUCAUCUGGCCAGCACUGGAGCGGAGUCCCUACACCCCCGUUCGACUGGCACCAUGCUAUCCAACAGACGCAGCCUUACAUCGUGCCGAUUUCGGACCCGCAAUUCCGCCAGAACCAGGUGCUGACGUACAACUCUACACCCAUCACACAGAACACUAUUGGGAAGGGCUUUAGCGACCCAAUACCAUGGCCAUCUUCUGAACUCCAUGGGCUCCCUCGUGGGAUGACCGCCAACAGCUCUGUCCUGGAUAAGAGCAUAUCACCAUCGCCAAGGAGCUACCGCAGCGACGAGUUCGAGAACACAUACAGUCCAGGGUCUAUGCUAGAUCAAGCUUCGCCAUGCGGUAACUGGAACGCACCUUCAGCGACUACCAUCAACGCGGCCAUCCUUUCACCUCCCUGCAGGUCUUUCCUUGCACACGACGCAGAUGGCGACACUGGAUACUCAGGACUCCCGAGGAUGGACGCGGACACGGCCACGGUCACAGUGCCAUCCAGUUAUCCUAGCAGAAGGGACCAAGCACCGAUCGCCUCUUUCGGGGACGAACACCAAUCUAGAUCUGAGUAUUCGCACUCUCAAACCAGUAGCGCUGGCCAUUCUCCGUGGUACGGUGAGAACUUCGCGUAUAACACCUCCAAUCUAGCGUUCGGGACCCGCGACGUUGUGCGCUCCAGUCACCCAGCCAGUAGUACUAGCAUAUCGUCGACAGACGAAGCCCAUACAUCGCAGUAUUCUGUGACGCCCUGGAACACUUCAUGCCCGGAUGGCAGUGUCCAGAGCCGUAUCCAAGAUAGAUUCCAGGUACCACGCAGUGCUGGUGCCCAAGCCCAGCGAGAGCACAACGAUCAGCUACUUAUCGAUGGAAAGAAGAGAGGAGAGACAUACAAGGAGAUCAAGUUGAAGAUGAUCGGUGAGAAGUCUGCGGAGUCUACUCUGAGGGGCCGGUACCGAUCCUUGACCAAGGCGAGAAAAGAUCGCGUCCGGAAGCCCGUCUGGACAAUGAUCGAUGUAAGCCGACCGUUUGGACUUUACUCGUUAUAUUAGACUGACACUCGACAGCUAGAGCUCCUGGAUGAGACCGUUCAGCAAGAGUUUGAUCGCAUCGAGAGCAACCUCCAGAACCCGU